CUCCUCUCCACCUCCCGCUCCACUUCUCAGCUCAGCCAGAGCAGCGCACAGACUGCCUCAAACCAGAGAAGUCUGCCUAACAAGUCUUGAAGUUUGCCAGCCAAAGAAUCUUAAAAAAAAACAAAAAAAAAACCAAACACACAUCCUUCUGACAGACUUUAGGACAACUGUGGACAGCCCUCUAUCCAAGCACCUGAGCUUUUGGAUUUCUUUAAAAAAAAAAAAAAAAGCGAGUUUGGAGAAACACUGAAGGUGUUUCAUUUCCAGACAAACUGAGAGCUGACCUCAUCGUGCCCUCCCAGACAACCCUCUGAACCUCUUCUCUGACUCCACCUCUUCUUGUCUUGUCUGUGUGGUGCCUCCCUCCCCUCCCUGUCGGUGCUCCCCAGGCUACCUAGAGAGUGGGCACAGCGCCAUGGUAACUCACAGCAAGUUUGACUCCGCGAUGAGCAGCAGCCUCUUGGACUCCAACAUGCGGCUGCCUUACCGUUACAAGACUUUCACCUCCAAGACGCAGUACCAGAUGGUCCUCUCCACGCUCCACAAGCUGCAGGAGAGUGGCUUCUACUGGGGUGCCAUCACCGGGAAGGAGGCCAACGCCAUGUUGGCGGCCGAGACCACCGGCACCUUCCUUGUCCGGGACAGCUCGGACAACCGGCACCUGUUCACCCUCAGUGUUAAGACAGCGUCUGGCACCAAGAACCUGCGCAUCCAGUGCGACACGGCUUCUUUUUACCUGCAGACGGACCCUAAGAACAUUCAGUCCGUCCCCCACUUUGACUGCGUCCUGAAGCUGGUUCAUUACUACAUGCCUCAGAGCAAGGGGAACACUCGCAGUGGGAAUAUGUACUACAUUUACUCUGGAGGAGAGAAGAUCCCUCUGGAGCUCAUUAAACCUCUCUCCUGCAGUUUGUCCACCUUGCAGCACCUGUGCAGGAAAACAGUCAAUGGACACUUGGACAUUUCCUCUAAAAGAGACCAACUGCCUCAUCCUCUUAAGGAGUUCCUCCAGGAGUAUGAUGCUCCUAUCUAGAGGUGUCAGAGUGAUGCUCUUGAAGGAGCAGAGACUAGAAGAAACUGAAUGGUUUCAGUACAGCUAUGUUUGACGACAUUUGCUGUGUCUGAGGAGUGAUGAUUAAGCAGAGACAAGAGAGAGCAGAAGCCCCGGGGGACUGAGCUCAUGAAAAAGGAGCAGUUUUGUACUGACAAGAUGUGUGUAGUUCUCAAAGAAAAGAAAAAGUGGGUAUCGCCCUCUCAAGGUCCGCAUUUCAGGAAGAGACACUGGAUUGAUGAGGACCGAUUGGCAAAGAUGGCCGAGGGAGAGAAACUAGCUCUGCUGUAAUCUGGUUGUACGAAAGAGAGAUAACCCCACCACCCACCUCCUUUGCCUCACUGAUGACGUGCAACUUACUGAAAACUGAAGUGAGGCUCACAGUCAGCUGUUGUCUACAGUCUGAUGACACACAGGUUCCCCUCUGCUGCCGCUGCUGCUGCUAACCAAUGUGCUGCGAGGCUGCCGAGCUCACAGUGCGUCCAGCCUCCGAAAAUCAUCCAUCCAUUAAAGCUGGACUGGCUUUCAUGAUCAGACCGGCUUUUUUGCUGACAUUGGAUGAUCACCUUGGAUGUCCAUCCAGCAAUGUGGGAUCUCUGACCAAGUGUACUGUAUGCUGGAAAUUCACAGACAGUGGAUACUCAUAGUACAAAUGAGUGGACCCUGAUGGCCGCCUGGGUGCAUAUUUGCGCCAGCCACAAUGGGAAAGGGCUGAAGUUUUUAUCUGAAUCCUAAUAGAUAUUUUAAGACCAUGAAAAUGUGGAAAAGAAGAUAUAUUUCUGAUACUCUGUUUAGAGGAAGGGUUUAUGCCAAACUUGCCUGAACUAGACAACAGUUUGUUGGAAGACCAACAUGACUGAAUCCUACAGGGCCUUAGUAGAGAGAACAGAACCACUGCAGAGUUAAUUAACCCUUAAAGUCAGAAGUUUGUACAGCGUCAGUGGUGAGGAAACACAUAACAAAAGAUAUGGUAGUGUCUGUGGCACAGAGAUGGUUGUCACUGCUUGCAAAUGAAUGUAUUAAACAUGGUAUCUGUCUUUUUCUGAUAAGGAGAAGAGUCCAAAUGUGUCCUCUCCUUAAAACAAUGUUUACAUGAGUGAAGAUGAAACGGUAAAUUUUGUUAUUGUGCUGUCUUUUGUAAAGAUGUACCUUUACCAGCCAAACAACUGGCUGCGAAUGCUUGAAGAUAUUUGAGAAGUUUGACGAAGCAAGCAGACUGAUACGACAUUUGCACUUAUUUAUAUUUGUAAGAACAUUUCAUUAAUUUAUAAUAAAGAGCACUAUUUUUCUAUGAAA